CAAAAACACGACGGUCAUAAAACAUGGUGACUGACAGGGGAAUUUCUCAUCUCCUGCUAAAAAUACGCUUCUUUAUCUCUCCUAAUAACUAGUUAAUGUAGUCGUAAAGGCCAGAACAAACUUCCAACAUGCCUUGGUACUUCCCUUGGUCUGAUUCUAUCAAGAAAAGAGCUUGUAGGUAUCUUUUACAGCACUAUUUAGGGCACUUCCUGCAAGAGAAGUURACUCUCGAGCAGUUGACUGUAGAUCUUUACAAUGGAACUGGACGAGUUGAGAACGUUCCUCUCGAUGUCUGGUCUGUGAAUGAGAUGCUAGACAGCUGUGGUGUACCAUUUGAGAUCAUCGAUGGCUAUAUCAAGAAUAUAUCUGUCUCGGUGCCCUGGUCUGCUCUACUUAAUGAUAGUUGUUGCAUGGAUAUACAGGGUCUAGAGCUUACUAUUGCCAUGCGACAAAGAUCUGAACCAGGUGAAAUAGGGAAUUUAACAGAAUCCAUGAUCUUUAAUUCCAUGACAACCAGCAUGGAACUAGCACAGGAAUGUCUAAAACAAGGCCCAUCACCUGGAGAAGAACAAGCUGAGGCUACGACACAGUCAUUUGAAGGGCUGGAAUCCUUUGCUCAAACCAUUGAAUCAGUGUUAUCAAGGAUCAAGCUGUCCUUCUCUGAUACUGUUGUCAGACUGGAGCAUCUACCAAAAGCAAUGAAGUUAGGUGUUGGUUUAGAGAUACAUAUUAAAAGGAUUGAGUAUUCAGAUCUUUCAACUGAACUAGCAGAUAAUGAUGACCAGUAUAAAGCCAAGAGUGUCUAUGAACCAGCAGCAUUUGCUUUCAAAAACCUCAAGAUCUUUGGUGCUUCGGCUUACCUGGAUGAGUUCCAUGAGGCAGCCAGGACACUACCUGCAGGAUUCRAUACAGAAUCACCAGAGUCCCCUCCUCCUUCUCCUACUAGUGGUUUGAGCUCUUCAUCUUUAAGCCCUUGCUUGAAUGGAAUAGUUGAUGACUUUGCUAAAUCUAACAAAAGUAGCUUUCUGCCUUCUAUACAGAUUGGUAACUUUUCUGGACAUCUGGAGAUGAAAAUUAAAUUGAAGCAAAAUGUAUCAGUUCCAGGAUCGAAGAUUGACAUUGAAUGCUUCUUUGGUACCCUGAAUGUAUUCCUGGCUCCAAGACAAGUGCACUUGUUAUUAGAAUUAGCUAGUGAGCUAACUCUUGCUGGAGAUGCAAAUGAGUCUCUUGGGUUAAAAGGAACAGGAACAGCCAACAAACCAAUGCAACCUGAUGACUACAGAAGAAUAGAAGAGGAUUUACAUAACCAACUUCAAGCCAAGAAACAGCAGAUGGUGGAAACAGGCCAUAGUAGGGUGGAGGCAUGGAAUUUUAGCUUUGAUUCAUCAAAUACUGCAGAGGAAUCUUCACAUUUCUCAUCAGGAACUGAAUACGACAGUGUUCUUGGAGAUAACAGCGACGAGAAGUUCUACUCCAUGCCCUCAAGUCAGUGGAGCUCUGGUGGCCAUGACAUCCUACCACCGCUGGAGGAACCCAUGUUACCACCUGAUAUGAUGGGAUCAAAGAAGCCCCCUGCCUCUCUGCUCACUCAAGGCUUUGGUACCAUCCAUCAGUUUAAUGCUACAGGUCCAAGUCUAACAGAGGCUGCUAGCAGUGUCUUUGCUAACACACAGUCUGCAGGAGUUCAGGGCCUCUCUUCACUAUCAGGCAUGCCUGUCCCACAUGCUUCCAAACCACUCUCACCUUUAAACCAAGGUCUGGCUGGUAUAGCAGCCUUAGAUGACCCCUCUCCAGAGACUAUGCACCUGAAGCUCAAGUUCACCAGUGUAGCUGUCACCAUACUCCAUGUAGAUCCUGUACUCUCCCCUGUAUCAGACACAGAGGACCAAUCAAGUGAUAGGUGUGACAGUCAGUCCAAUCACCCUCUGCAGCAGAUGGCAGAGAAUUUUUUCAAUGGCCUGGGCACCUAUGGUUUUGGAGGGAAAGACUUCGAGGAUAUGAAAGAGAGGCUUGCAGAGGCUUGUCCAACUGACCACCUUAGAUGUAUGUUGACACCCUUGAACAUAGUUUUUGAGAAAUCAAUCAGCAGCUCCCAUCAGACUAUAUCCAGUGAUGUGUCUAUUGGUAGGAUAGAAGUCCUAGAGUAUCUGUAUGAACGCUUGUCUGACACCUUGACAUCGCCUGCUUUGUACUCCAGUACACAGUUACUUAAUUUCCAGCCAAAAGAUGAAAUGAAGAACGUAUUUUUUGGCAUGGCCGCUGUCCACUCCACUCCUUGUCUACGAGCCAAAUAUAAAAACACUCAGAGGACUUCGUCACCGGGUGGAAUUCAAGCUCGUAAUGCAGUUUUGCCUAAAACUGAACUGUCACUCGAGAUUGGAAAAUUAUGUGCAGAGGUCGACAUCACUAUUAUUGACCGCUUGGACGAGUUAUUUAACCCUCGACCCAUGAGCUCGAACCAGUCCUCCUCGACGCAAUCCAGGAUGUUCAAGUCUCUUAACCCGACAUCUAUUAAUCAACAGGCUGUAUUUACACAGGCGUUGGAUGAGGGGCCCACUUCUGACCAGCGGAUGAGCGUUGCCCUGACAUGCCCAACACUGAUUGUAAUGUUAAGGUUUCCUAUACCAGAUCUCAGGCCAGUGGUUGAGCGUAGACCAUGGUGGAAACAGGCUCUUCGCGAGGAAUCCCUUCUUAUCGAGUUAUCGUCCCUGGAGUUCAAGACUGUCUUGUGUUCUGCAGAGCCCACAAGUUCCUAUGAGUUACAGUUUCAAGACCUACAUGGUUUUUUCAAGGAAAGCAAAGAAGCCCCUGCUGUGCCUUUCCUGAAAGCCAGCACCAUGGCAACAGACAGUGAAUCCAGUAACAGUGGAUUUGAUUGGCCGAGAAUCGUAAUCACAGUUCAACCAUCUGCGUCCCUGUCUAUACUUGAGGAAGAGCAAUCUGCCAACAACUCUCCUUUAAGUUCAUUGGAGGCGUACCCCGUCAUGAAGAGCGAGCCAACGCCCUUCUCAUCUAAGCCUGUCAUGUAUGAAGCGGAGGAGCUGAUAUUACCUGGCAGCCAGGAAGAGAUGGCUAAAUUCCAGGAAGACACAGUCUCUUCCUCCCAUGUACACAUCGAAUGCUCUUUUCCUCGACUGGACGUUAAUCUUCAGGAAAAAGAGUUCUUUGAGUUGAUUUACAAUAGGAUCGCUAGUGAUUUGUUGCUAUGGGAACCUACUGCACCAUCCCCAGUAGACAGAUCUGAUAUUCACGCGACCAACAUCGGCUCAGCCGGGCUGGACCUGGCGAGUCAGCUGCUACAGAGACCCGACAAGUUCGUCAUGUGUCGAUCAGGGUUUCGUAGCUAUGACGAUUCAUCGUCCGAUGAAGAGGACAGUAGUAAUUUCACGUCAACUGAGCACAGGAACAACAGACGAGGACUUCAUGAGAACAACGGUCAAACAAUGUUAGCUGUGACGCUCAACGUGGGUAAAGGAAGGCUUACUUUGUUCCCUGUUACCCAGGAAGCAGACAAUCCUGAAGAAUCGAGCAGAGAUUGGGAGGAUGAAGAACACAAAGUCCACGGACAACUAAUGGCUGAUCUUGAAGAUUUAACAUUCUUCGUAGGAGCAUGUUAUAAAGGUCAGGUUGAUCUGUCAUACAUCUGCCUGUACUCCAAGCAAUUACACCUCCGACACGCCCCCGUAGUUAGCAGUGACGUAUACGAAACCAUGGAAACGGCCUUCUCAGGUGCCGAGUUACAGUCCACCUUGUACCCUACUGAACCUGGCCUGAAGCGUGAUGCAGGGACUAGUGAGGAGCCUGUGUUGUCAGUGGCUGCGAAAUUUUUCUUAGAUCCAGUUAAAAAUAUCAAGGAAAUAGUCCUAGCCUUGGGUUUGCGGGAUGUUACUAUCAGAYACAGGAUCGUCCCCGCAUCUCAGCUAUGGCUCACACAGUUGUCGCAAUACCUAGACGUACAAGAUUUUCCCAUACUAGGGUUUGUCGCUCCUUCAGUUGUGACGGUACUACACGCGCAUGUAUGGCAAAGUGCUGUAGACUACAGACCUAUUCAUCUUCCUCUUCGUGUUCUUCUGACCAUGGAUUCUUUUAGUGUAUCUAGCAAUUUAGCUAUAGAGUCUUCGGUUUCCUUACUAAGAUUUAUCAUCGAUGAUGCUGCUCUCUAUAUCUCGGACAAGUGCAGUGGUCAAUCACACCUUAGAAAUUACGUGUGUGUGAUGGAUUUGGGUCUGUUUGAGCUGUCCUUGCUCACAAGUGAUGGCAACGAUAAGCGUCACCCCAAGAUAGAACUGCGCAUGUCCAGCAAUACCCUUCAUAUACGAACUUGCUCUGACUCGUGCUCAGCCCUCCUGCAGCUUGUUCAGUACAUCGCAGCGGAUGGAGACCUGGUACCGAGUUACGAGACUGAAGAGUCGGACUCUAUGAGCUCACCUCCGACCCCGAGUCGCUGCUCUUCUGAUCUGCCAGUAGAACAGGGAUCCCUGGACGAAGGGAAGAUGAGCUCAUUGAUGCGUGAAGCUAUGGAUGAUGACUUGACUAAUGGAGAAGAUUCAUACAAGGAAAGUAAAGUAGACGCAUCGCACCCACCGCAAGCAAAGUCUCCUAAGAGAGAACUCUUCUUGUUCCCGGACGACAAGCCUGAAAUAAGAGACGAAGUAACUGAUGCUAUGGAAGGAUUAGCCAUCGACGAGUCACUGAACCAACAGACAGAAGAAGAAGCUGAGAGUGACGACGAUUUCUGUAUAUUGGACCAUCCUGAUAGGGAACCCGAGGGCUUGACAGAUGACGUGGUGAUCAAGACGUUAACUGAAAGUGACAUCAAAAUUGUAGAGAAUCAUUUUUCUAUUACCAUCGGACGUAGCGAUCAGCUUGGCGCCCCCGAUCAUUACCCAGCAGCGGUGUUUCGUUACUGCUUGCGUGAGAUGUCGAUAGUAUGGCAGAUGUAUGGAGGAUGCGAUCUUGGACAUCACAGUGACGAUAAAGACAACAAGAAAAAGCGGAUAACGUUUGCGUCGGAUGUCAGGCCUCCUACACGGCUACCCACCACCACAGGUAGCCCAAAGGCAUCAGCAGCAUCAAGAUCACGUGGUGGAGCUGGAAGACAGACUGACAUCUUAAUGGAACUUCACCUCAACAAGAUCCGAUUCCAGUUUGAAGAAUACCCAGAAGACACAGAACAGGCCUCACGUCUUGUUGUGUUGGCACAAGAGGUUGAAGUACGCGACAGACUGGCGCAUUCGCAGAUCAAUAAGUUCCUGUAUCAGUACGCGUCUGAGGCCAGGCCAAAACAAACCAACGCUAAUAUGAUCACUUUCAAAAUGCUGUACAUGAGGCCUGACCCUGAACUAAAGGCGCAAGAGUGUUGUCUGCGUAUUUCUGUUCAACCUCUGCGACUGAACGUAGACCAGGAUGCUCUCUUCUUUCUGAGGGACUUCUUCACUGAAAUAUCUGGUGAGGCGUCCAAAACCUCUAAAGGUUCUAAUAGCGUGGAUUCUAGUCCCAUCAAGCAAGCAAAACCUUUGAGUAGUUCCCUUCUAGGGUCGUCACCAGACCUCAUGUCACCUGACUGCGAAGAGAUGCUGAGCGUCUCGUUACCACCACAGGAGACUGGAGACGAAUCUUCUAACUCUCCUCAUGCUCCUACGUUUUUUAGAUCUUUUAUAUUCUCACCGGAAGUACCGAUAAGACUUGAUUAUCAGGGAAAGCACGUGGAUAUGGAUCAGGGUACGUUUGCUGGUCUUUUAAUCGGGCUCGCCCAGCUGAACUGUUCAGAGUUAACCCUCAAACGACUCUCCUGCCGAAAUGGCCUCCUUGGAUUCGACCGCGUCAUUAACUACGCGCUAUCAGAAUGGUUAAAUGACAUUAAACGUACCCAACUACCUAGCAUCCUCGGCGGUGUAGGACCCGUUCAUUCAUUCGUUCAGUUGUUCCAGGGCAUGGUAGACCUGGUGUGGAUGCCUAUCGAACAGUAUAGACGAGAUGGACGGGUUAUGCGUGGUUUACAGAGAGGUGCUAACUCCUUUACUACUUCAUCUGCUAUGGCUUUCUUAGAGCUGACUAACAGGGCUGUACACGUUGUCCAGACUGCGGCCGAAACCGCAUACGAUAUGGUCAGUCCCGGCCCCAGUGUCUCACCAAGUAAUCGUGGUCGUCAUCGCUUAGCACAUCAGCCUGCUGACCUGCGGGAGGGAGUCACGAAUGCUUACCACGUGGUCGCUAAGGGUCUCAACCACACAGCUACAAAUAUCGUCAAAGUAGCGCGUGAAGAACACGAACAAAAGGGUAUGACAGGAGUAGUAGGCGGUGUCCUGAGACAAGUCCCUGCUACUAUAGUACAACCAUUUAUACUAGCAACAGAAGCCACUUCUAAUGUCAUUGGAGGAGUACGGAACCAAAUACUACCCGACGCCAGGAGAGAAGCUACAGAAAAAUGGCGUUCUGAUAACCAUUAAUAUUUUUGUUUCUUUUUUAUUUAUGGAUAAGGGUGAUAAAAAGUGUGUUCCAUGCCAAUAUAUUUUGACGCAGUCAGUAGAUCAGACUUCAUCUGCGCUUUAUCCUGGUAGAGUAAAUUUUGGAUGUAAGUCUUUCCGCUUCAUUGUUAAUAGCGCUUAAAAAGUAUUUACGUCACGUGCGGAUGCGUGGUUUCGCGCAACGCAUUGUAGGAUUUUUACUGAAGGAGACUUUUCUAAAGGUAUCCCAUAAUGCAUUGCUUCGGGUGGAGCUGAUAUCAAUGCGCGCUUUGUGCGAUCAUUCAACAGCAGCCAUGCUGGAUGACAGAAUAUAUGUAUCUCUGCUUGAAAAACGAAUUCUUUUGUCAUAUUUAAUAGGAUCUCUACCUAGAAAAAUUCAAUUCCUUUGCUAUCCAACAUGGCUGCUGCCUUGUGGUCGUGCAAUACACCUAUUAGUUUAGUAAUCGGCACCUUGCGGUUGUAUGCGCAUUCUGUUUGCAUAGUUUUUUGUUAUAUUGUUAAAUCCGCGCAUGCGCAGUUCAUCACGAGUCGUGUAUACGUUGAAUGAAUGAACAAGAGAAUUGUACAUAGAAAUCAAUUGUAAAAACACAAUUUUACAUAAAAACACGUAAGGAUGCAAACAAGUUAGUGAAUUUUAUUUUUUUGUGCAAAGACGAAUCUUCAUACCACAAAAGCUGUAAGUGUUCAUUCAGAAAAAAUGCCCCAAAUACCUUCAAAUAAUAUUGACUUUGAGCGUAUUUAUAUUGUCAAGCAAUUUUUUAAAAUAAAUAGAUGUUAUUUACUGUCAAGGAGGUCCGGAUAGGAAAAAAGCUGCCCGAAAAGGUAUUUUAAAUUACGAAGCAAGGCUGUUCGACUGAGGUCCGUUUCGAAGGCGAGGGCACAGUUUUUUCCUAUAUGGAUCGACUCAAGGCCGCGGUAUAUAACUUAUUUAUUUUCUCCCACUUUUCGAUUUGUCUCGCAACUUUUUUAAUCGUUUAGCAAUCCGUAAUCCCAGGAAACCGAACCUGGAUCAGGGAUAGGUAAUAAAGCCGGCUCGUGCAGCCAAUCAAAACUCACGACUUAGAAUAUCGCACUAGGAAAAAAAUAAUAGGCGAUAAGUUGGAGGGCAAAUAUAAUGCCCUGAUUCAAUAUUCUUCUUAGAAAAAAGAAGAUUUAAUAUGAAUUACCCAGUAUACUUUUAAUUUCAAUCAGUCAAGUCAUAGUGCAGUAAUAGAGGGGUAGUAGCGUUUCUUUGAUAGAAAUCUGCUCUAUAUGUACAAACAACAAAAAUUUUAUAAAAUAAAGGAAAGUGGGACUGUAGAUUAUUGUACGUAAGAUGAAAAUGUAUUAAAGAUGUCAGUAUCAAUAAAUUAUACGUAUUUUCUG